UGCGGGCAUAGCAGAUGGUUAAGCUUCGUCCGGCACAAUGGUAGAUCUGCGCUUGAGGCCACGGAUUGUCCACAGAGGUUGCUGCAUAAUCUGCCGGACCCAGACUCGCAGCGGCCUGUUGUGAUUACGACAAUUGGAAACCGUCUCAAAGUGGAGUUUCUGCGCAGCCUUGGCGUUAACGUUGAUCCAAGGAGAAAAGGGGAAAGUCGCAGCGUUAUAAACCUAUCCAUGUGGCCGAAAACAAUCAAGGACGACAGUCCCGCAAUCUUUAUGGACACAGACAUCCCUCGAGACGGGUGGAAUAGCACCAGGUCAUUGAAGCCUGCCGGAUGCCACGAGUCAGUCUUCCACAAUUGUGACCAUCUAGCCAGAGAGAGGCCAGAGGCCAUUGCCGAUGUACUGGCUCGCAAGGCUCUCUUUCCUUUUUCGGAUGUCCUUUGCGUUUUUGCCCCCGAUAUUGGCGGAGUCGUCAGUGUCGGCAAGCAAAUAGCUUCUUGGAUGCGAGACAGCCCCUCUACGCCUUUCAUGCCACGUCCCUGGCUGAUUGUGGUCGUGGAGCGAGCUUUAGAGGGAGAAGCGCUGGAUACUAUCAUUGGAACCAUUAGGACCAGUGUCGGCGAAAACGUCUCUGCUCACUUUGCAUGUAUCCGCGUGGUGAGAGUGGACUCUAAGCCAGCUCAGAGACAUCGCCAGUGGCCUUCACUGGCCCAGGAGUUCUCAUGCCUCUUUCCAAUCUUAGGAGAAGAACGGCAGAGAUAUGGCUGCCUGUUCACAGCAAGGCACCUCGCUGGCUUUCUACACGAUACGGCGGGCGCUUUGACACUUAACUUAGCAGAGAGACCUAACUUAAUAAGUGUCUCCAGAGCAAAGUUCCCCCCUGCCGAAGAUCAUCAUGAGCACUUGAGCCGCUUCAUAGCGAGUUCAGCGGUAUCAACUUGUGAGGAAGCUAAAGAGUUCUUGCUACCUACAAUUGCAUCAAGCCUAAUCCUCGAUCAUUAUGUUCCUCAGAUGCACAAUUUUGAACCGGAUGAUGUAUUUGAAACUCUGUACCUUGAGAAGUGGAAAAGCGCUUUACAGCGAGCCAAUCUAUCGGUAAUACCACCAGGUGGUGACAACCCUGACCUCAUUUGCGCGCUUCGGGCCGCUUUUAGAGACGCAUUUCGAGAAUAUCUUGUUCUAGGAUCAUCGGAGGAGCUACAUCUCAACAAGCUAUCCGCUCAUAAAAGCAGGUGGGAAGUCGUUCAUUCCAAUGAGACAUGUCUAUGUUGUCUCAGGCGCCAGCCAAAGUAUUGGUUCUCCUGCGGGCACUCGUUAUGUGAAUGCUGCGUUGAAGUAUUUUCAAAAAGGGACGUUUUCGAUCCUUUGCUAUGCGAACUUGAGGGCUGUCUGUUAUGUGGACGAGUGCUACCCGCGACCCGUAUCAAGCUGUGGCCUCGAACAGCUGGGGUUCGCGUUUUGAGCAUUGAUGGCGGGGGUAUUCGUGGCCGGAUCCCCUUGGAGUUUCUACGCGUUCUACAAGACCAUGUAGCGCUUCCACUUCCGAUCCAAAGUCAUUUCGAUCUAGUCUUUGGAACAAGCUCCGGUGCCAUUAUUGCAUGUGCAUUAUGCAUAAACGGCUGGGACAUCAAAGUCUGUACGGCUACCUUCGAGAGCUUUGCAGCUGAGGCCUUCAAAGCUCGCUUUCCGUAUAGAGUACCAUUACUGACGAAGAUCUACGAUUUGUGCCUGCUGAUGAUUGCGGACUGUCGCUACUCCGCAACAAAUCUGGAACAGUCUUUGCAGGCCGUCUUCGGACCGACGAGAAGCAUGCUUGAAUAUUCUAGAGCCUCUGAAAUGGGCAUCUUGGUGGGGGUUCCUGUCACGACAACUUCCGACGUGAGUUGCCACAUAUUCAGUAACUAUAACGGUAGUGGUCAUUGGUCACUGCUAAUGGAAUAUAGCUACUUCCCUGCCAGGCAUGUCGACGGCCUGGAAAGAUACCAAGAUGGGGGCCUGCUGUAUAACAAUCCUGCCUCCGUGGCGAUCAGAGAGGUGGCUGCAAUGUUUCCAACUGCUAGGAAACCGAGCACGCUGGUGUCGUUAGGCACGGGAUCUAGUCACACGCCUGGAGAUCAUGCAAUACAACCCAAAAGGUUCUGGAAUGACUGGUUUGUCCUUCGUGGUUUUAGAGCCUUAAUGCAAUCUGGAAGCUCAGAGAGAGCGUGGCAGCAGCUGGAGAGUCAUUGGAACAUAUGCAGGUCGGGUAAGAUGUUUCGAUUUGAUGUCGACUUUCAGCAAACAGAGCCACCUCUGGACGACGUGGAUAGUAUGAAAGAAAUCGCCGUCAUGGCAAAUCAGACAAUUCUACGGGCACCACAUCUGAAAGAAGCCGCUUGUUCCAUUCGUGCCGAGCUCUUUCUCUUUGAACUCGACGAAUGCACUCCUUUCUUAGUAGAGGGCGGUUUGUACAAAUGCCAAGGGAAAAUCAUAUGCCGACUUGAUCCUAGAGUUAGGGCAAGCCAUGAGCUUCUUCGGCAGCUUUACAGAAGCAAUGCGAAGUUAUCAGUCAACGGGGUAGAGUUCGAGCUUUCUUUCCUGACAAAGUCCGAUUUGACUGAUGGACGCACAUUCAUGCGUGUGGAAUUUACUUUAUCUAGUCGUUUGGAUAAAGUACAAAUGGUCCUUCAAGAACAGUCUCAUGACAGCCAUAUAAGUGGCUCCCCCUUCACAUUGCAACGACUUCUAGAUCAGCAAAAUUUAGAACAUUGGUUCGGUAAUCAUAAUCACCGUAAGCGA